GACAGGGUCCCUUUUCGCCCAGUCCUAGGGAAUCUUAGCUCCUUUUCGGUGGGAAUAGUGUUCGUCGCCAGACAGUUACUUCCCACUCCUUUGGCCCGAACGAGAGGCGGGCUGCCAUUAACCAUCUAGGGAAUAACGAAAGGAGAGGCAGAGAGAACUGAAGUCGAGGAGCCCGGCAUGGAAACGGAUGCCCAGAAGCUGCAGCUCAACUGCGUGGACGCCGAGGCUGAGCCCUCCUCCUGCACCUCGUCCUCGGCCGCAGCCGCCACGGCCAAGGGCAGCCUGCAGGCGGACCAGACGCAGGGGGGCAUAGCCAGUGCCCAGGCCUCGGUCAGCAACGGCGACGACGCCGAUGCCGAGAAGGAGCUGGUGGAUCUGAAGAUCAUCUGGAACAAGAACAAAUACGACGUGCGGGUGCCUCUGGACAGCACGGGGGCCGAGCUGAAGCGCAAGAUCCACUCCAUUACAGGUCUACCACCUGCCAUGCAGAAAGUUAUGUUUAAGGGACUUCUACCUGAGGAGAAAACAUUACGGGAAAUCAAAGUAACCAGUGGUGCCAAGAUUAUGGUGGUUGGAUCUACGAUAAAUGAUGUUUUAGCAGUAAACACACCCAAAGAUGCAGCACAGCAAGAAGCGAAAGCUGAAGAGAGUAAGAAGGAGCCACUUUGUAGGCAGAAGCAACACAGAAAAGUGUUAGAUAAAGGGAAACCUGAAGAUGUGAUGCCUUCUGUUAAGGGUGCCCAGGAACGACUGCCAACAGUACCUUUGUCAGGCAUGUACAAUAAGACAGGAGGAAAAGUGAGACUCACCUUUAAAUUAGAACAGGAUCAGUUGUGGAUUGGCACUAAAGAGCGAACUGAAAAAUUACCCAUGGGCUCCAUUAAAAAUGUGGUCAGUGAACCUAUUGAAGGACAUGAAGAUUAUCACAUGAUGGCAUUUCAGUUGGGUCCCACCGAAGCCUCUUACUACUGGGUGUAUUGGGUUCCAACUCAGUAUGUGGAUGCAAUCAAAGACACUGUGCUGGGAAAAUGGCAGUAUUUUUGAAAGCACUUUCACCUCUGGCACAGGAGACUGACCCAAAGUGAAGGACAUUGCUGGGAGAGGCCUGCAACAUGCCCGGAUUUCAUAGUCCUGGAACUUUUAUUAAUUCAAAUCUGAGGAGAUAUUGACUGAAGCCAGAGGUGAUGUACUUUCACCAUUAGUUUACUUUUAACUUAAAAUUGCAAAAUCCCUUCCCUUCAGUCAGCUUCAAACCAUAUUUAAAGUGAAUACGGUGGAAAUCAAUAAAUCUUAAUUCAGAAUGCGUCGUGUGGAAUACUCUUAAGUGUUCUGAGAGUAGAUCUGCCAAUUUCGUUUAAAACAAAAUGAUCAAAAUAAAUAUCUGGGUUUUUUAAUGUGAUUUGAACUAAAAAAAAUAUUUUCAUAAUCUUUGGUUGCAAAUGGUUAAUUUGGGCUGAUUUGUUGUAACAGUUUGAGGCACAUUUUUUUUUAAUUUUCCUGCAUAUAAAUUGUAAAUGGUGUGCAAAGUUGGGGGAGCGGUUAGUAAGCCAUAUUUUUCUGGCCUUUGAUUCGGGUUUGACCUGAACCCUCCCCUCCUCCUCAACCUUCUCCCUCCUACCUGCCCCCCCCCAAGCAAAAUUGAGAUUUUAAUUUUUAUUUGUAAAUCCAAAGAUGACUUAUUUUUCCUUUUCUCUGUAUUUUACUACCCCUUCACUUUUUAUUUCCUGUGGCCAUUUUGGUUCUUUCUAUUGUGAUGCUGACUGAUCACACAGUGGGGGCUGCGGGAGGGGACACACCAUUGGAUUUUAAGCAUUAUAUCCUACAGACGCUCAUUUCGGGGCAUAGUGACCCCAAAAUCGCUCCUGUCCCUCAUUCUUUCUUUUUGAAAACCAACUGCUCUUGGCAAAACAUCUUGCCCUGAGGUUCCAGAUUCCCGUGUAGGUCAGCUGCCACCUUUUAAUGGCUGGCAGAAUUGAGCAGCAAUCCUAAAGUUUCCUAGACUAUCUUGGGUGUGACCAGCCCAUUGUUACGACAAUUUGUAGCAGAAAUGGGCACCGAGAGUCCUGAACAGUUGGAGGUUUUUCCCUGACAUGGCCUAUCACUCCAUUGUGCUGGUUCAUUUGGCCACUGGAGUAAAGAAGAACCAGGCUUGGUUCAUAUAAAACUCCCUGUCAGGUGGCAGUGAACUCAGGUACAUUCCUAUUUUUCUUUGGACAUCAUUUAAAAAAGAAAUCUUAGGAAGUCUAGCUGUAACUUUAGUCAUACUUCCUUUUUCUUUUUGUCAUUCUGCUCACCAGCCAUUAAGUUCAAGUGUCCUUUAUCUCAGGUUCAGUCACACUGACCCUUUCUAUCCUGGAAAGGUGCUUGCCAUGAGUUGAUGAUAUUUAAAAGACAAGACUGACUCCAUUGGACCAGCAUUGCAAGAAUUGCCCUUCUCACGUCCCUUGUGCUCCUGGUAUACUUGGUCACCUUUUUUUGAUGGAUUGAUAACUUCUAAAGCUAGAGGGAAAACUCCUGUGCUUCUACCCUUUGCUGUUGUCUUUGAAAUCCCCUCCUGUCAGAUACAGGCCUCUGGGCUGGGUCUCCAAGCUUAACCUGUCAGCAGCAGCACACCUGACCUGCAGGUUUUAGGUGGCUCCCUUCUCAAUGUGUAGAAUAUAUUUUAGUGUGUGUUUUUGACUGAGAAUGACUAUGCAGUGUAAGCCAGUUGUGAGAGCUAUUCUGUACCCUUCAUGUCUAAUGUGUAGUUUGGGAGUCCAACUCACACAGGAAGAAUAAUCUGCUGCUUAUUAUAUUUGCAGUUGUUCCUAAGUUAUUUAAUGUAUAAGAAAAUCAUUUUAUUGUCAGUAAGGGCAUAAAUAUUGUAUAUGUGUUGGAAGUUUCUUAGAAACUUUGUUUCCAUCCUUUGAAAGUAGCAGUGACUGCAGCAUUUAUAUAUCAAAUUGUAUAUCAAUGUUCAGUUUCCCUAGCGGGGAGACAGUUAUGGUAUAUGAAGGAAAGUCUGUAUGUCUUACUUCUCAGCAGCCCAUCAGUGCUGCAUUGUACAGCUCUGCAGACCAAAUGGGAACAUAACAGCUAGAAUUCUGGCAUGAGCGUGGUCUUGGUUUUGACUUUCUCCAUCUGUUGCAUUCAUUUCUUCAUCUGGUGACAUCAUUUGAACAAGCAUUUGUUAAAACCAUGCUAAACAUAGAGCACUGCGCUAACCACUGAGUAAGAUAGGGAGUUUAGAUAAAAUUUGGUCCUUGUCCUCACAGCUCUUACAGUCUAGUAUUCUCUGCAUUUUCUUUUAAAUCCACCCCUCCUGCCUUUUCUCCAUUCUGCUUGCCUAAAAUAAUGUUUUCAGAGCCCCAGUGGUACUGCCUAUGUUAUUUCCCUUCAUACUGUGGAUGGCCAUUUUCUGGAGCAUCACCUCCACCCAGCUGAGCCAUAGUAUUAAAAUUGUUCAAGUUAUCCUCCGUAUUCUGCCCUGUUCCUGAAACACAAACUGCUUAUCUGCCUAUGGUCAGUACACUAAGUAGGAUCUAAGCUUGGGUGAGUGGUUUUGUUUAGGUGUGGGUGUGUGUCUGUGUCUUUUUUUUUUUUUAAGUGAAAUGGUGCUUUUUCCUUCAGAAGUAAUUAUUAUUACAUAUUAUCUUACAAUAAUGUAAGUUACACCUUUUUCAUAUGGAGCUGUUCAUAAGAGCCAGAGCUCUGUUUUAGGAUGCCUGUUGCAAAGCUUCCUGCCUUUGUUAGAGAACAUUGUAGGAUUGACUAACUAUAUGGAUGAGGAUUUGUAUGUAGCUCUGGGGAAAGAUCUGUCUCAGGGAGAAUAGACGUAGAACUGAAAGGAAGCCAUGAAAAAGGUGUUUGAUUUAAGUCUGUGCCCUUUUCGGCAUGCAAAAGUAUUACCAUAAAAUCAGAUCUGUGACUGGCCUCAAUAGGUUUAUUCAGCCUAGUGGAUUUUUUUUUUAAUCAAAUUUCUAUACAAAGUGGAACCACAGCCCUUCUUAGGGGUAAGAGAAUAGUUUCUUUCUUAGGAUUAUUUCUAUAUCUUCUCUCCCUCCCACUCCCACCCUCGGUCCUGAAAUCUAUAUGAGAAAAGAAAUGUUUUUUCUGAGUUUAGUUGAUUUCCCUCAGUGUGAUGAGAUACAUAUAAUAGCUUAAGGAAGAAAGAAAGAUUUAAUCUAUCCUGACUUCAAAUUUUAUUUUGCUUCCCCUCUUAUCUUUCCCUCCCCCACCCCUAUUUGUUGGGGAAGAUAGUGAAAGCUAUGUAAUAGAAGCAGAUUUCUUCAGAAAUGGAAGGAAAGCACAUUUAUAAUUAGAGAGGCUGGAUGGUCUCAGCUUGAUGUCCCAUUCAUUUCAAAGAUUCUUACAUGCUUCCUGAACUUUCUGUUCUUUCCAGAAUAUUGAUAUCUGACCCUCUGUGUUACUUCUUACAGGCAUAAAACCUUGGUUGAGUGCAUUUUAUAAGAGGACACAAUACUAAGAUCCCUACGGAGGGCUGGCUACUUUCCAUUCUGUCUCAUUUGGCUUGUAGGAUUUUGAGCUCUUUGGUGUUAAGCGAAUCUCAAAUAUAGAACUUUUUUCCUGGUAGCAGUACUUCAUUUAAAUUGAAAUUGGACUAAGUUAAGGAUGCACUUUGUUGGAAUGCUUGAGCAGUCUUACCAAGGUGGGUUAACAGAAAGCCAAGCCUUCUGUCUGUAAUGAAUAUGAUGUUAUUACAUAGACUUCUUAGGGAGUUGCUGCUUUUGCAUUAAGAGGGCCAAAGAGAUGAACUUUCCCACAUUGCCACAUCUGUAAAAAGUUGCCAUAUUUCAACAAGAACUCUUUCUUCUAGCUCUAAAAUGUGUCUUAUUGAAGCAAACCCAAGUAUAGUGUCCUAACUCCCCUCCCCUGUGUUUGGUGUGCCAAUUAAGCAGUGCUGGGUGGGCUUUCUUUGGGCAGUCAUCAUCCACAACACUUUUUUUUUUUCAUCAUUGGUCUUAUUCAUCCAUCUUGUCUUAGAGAAAAACAUUUUUUUUUCUUAGUGUCAUGGGGCUUACAGAAAUUCAUCUCCUGAUAGGAUUGGUUCCUCUGAAGUUAAGGGGUCAGGAGAGCUGUGAUGAUGCAGCACUUGAUGGCUUUACCUUCUAGGCUAGGUGUGGCUUCAGUGAUUGUGAUUUCUGACUGCUUUCUUACUUUCUAAGCAACUUAUUUUUUAUUUCUCAAAAAGAACUUCCGCUGCAGAAUUAUUUGAAAAUGAAAUAGACAUAAGUACCACUUGGAUGGUAUUUUUAUUUUAUUUUUAAAUAAUCAAAUGCCUGUUUGGGGGUAAAUGAAAAAUAUUUAGUCUAUUAGAUUUGCACUGCUGGAUUUUUUAAGUGUAAUCUCUACUGGUUAUCUCAUUGUUUAUUCUGUAAGAUUAGUCUUACCAAUUAAAGUUUGAUAAUUAA